UGCCGGCCACGAUGGCGACGCUGAUGCGGUCCGUGUGCCGCACUGUGUGCUGCCGCCCGGCCGGGGCAGGCGGUACGUCAGGGCGCUGAGGAGGAGGCCGCUGGAGGUGGUGGACGCUCGCGUCCAGGGAGCGGCUGGGGCCGGCGAGAGGUCCCCUGGCCGGGAGGACCCCGGGCCCCGGGUCGCGUUGGGGCUCAGGCCGGGCCGCAGCCCCUCGGCGCCGCCUCCCUGCCCGACCUGCCGGUCGAGAGGGCGUCUCCCGGGGACAAGCGGCUGGCAAAAGUUAUGACCAUUGCGAAGUCCAAGAAAUUCCGUGACCAGCAUGGGAAAAUCCUUCUCGAGGGUCGGCGGUUGAUAACUGAUGCCUUGGGAGCCGGAGCAAGACUCGAGACUCUCUUCUUCAGUAAUAUGGACAGCCUGAAGGAAUUGCCUCUGGAGAAACUGAAGGAUGUUAAAUUCAUCAAAGUAAAGUUUGACGAGAUUAAGAUGUGGUCUGAUCUUGUAACUCCUCAGGGAGCACUGGGGAUUUUUUUGAAGCCAGAAUAUUCCAAGAUGAAGUAUCCAAUUCAACAAGAGCACACCAUACCUCUCCUCCUUAUUUGUGACAACAUCCGAGAUCCUGGCAAUUUGGGCACAAUAUUACGAUCUGCAGCGGCAGCUGGAUGUAGUAAAAUACUAGUGACAAAAGGUUGUGUGGAUGUCUGGGAACCCAAAGUGCUUCGAGCAGGAAUGGGCGCUCACUUCCGCAUCCCUGUGGUUUCAAAUCUGGAGUGGGAAGUGGUCCCCAACUACCUGUCCACCAGCACUUGUGUUCACGUGGCAGACCACUCCUGUCCAGUUGCUGAGAACCCGUCAGUCCUUCCUGAAUCUCUCUCUCCACGUGACCAGAGGUGCACGUCCCCACAUGCAGUCAGGAAGCCGAUCGAGUCUGAGGAGAGCGACAGUGAGGACGAGGAGAGAGCAUUUCUGCUCUCGCUGCCCAAAGUGGACAUUCAAGGUUGCUACCAGUCCUGGGCAAGGGAACAAACGGCCAUUGUGAUUGGUGGGGAGACGCAUGGACUCAGCUUAGAGGCCCUCUUGUUGGUUGAGAAGACGCGAGGAAAGCGACUGUAUAUUCCCAUGACUCCAGGUGUAGACAGCCUCAAUUCCGCAAUGGCAGCGUGCAUUUUACUGUUCGAGGGCAGGCGGCAGCUCUUGUUCGAGGCAGCAACUGCUAACAGGACUGAAAUGAGCUAACACUGCCUGAGUGAGUGCAUCCACUGUAAUCUCAGAUUCCGCCUUCUCUCAUUCAAGUCGGCCACACAAGUUGAGAGGUAUUAAACAGUCAAGGUAAAACUAGUAUCGAACGUUUUAGCAGGGCCACAGACAAGGUUGGGUGUUUAUCAAUGUAACUGUUGGCACAUUUCUUCUGAUUACCAUUGCAACAAAGAGUUGGUCGGCCAACAAUAGGCUCUGCGUGACUUAACACAGAGUGGUCUUAAAUGACAUUGACUAGAGUAUUGGUGUUUGUACAAAUGUAUGAAGAAUAUAUUCACCCUAAUGCAAAAUUGUAUUAAAUAGCAAGCAAUUACCACAACAUG